CAGACAAUGAAAACAAGCCUUUGAAGGUGCAGCAUCUUCUGCUAGCGUUGCCUCGACCCACCUCCGGCCUCCGGGACCGACAUGGCCUCAUCUUCUCGGGACAUGGGGAUGUAGUCUUCAGGAUGCGGCCCUCCCGGAUCUCCCGUUUGCUCCUGCUCGCCUGGACCCUGGCGCUUCCGGAGGUGUUGGCCAAAUCCCUGCCAGAUCAGUUCGAGGUGCAAAUCAAGGUUCAAGUGUUCGACAGCAGCAAUCUGUCUCUGCUCCCCAACGCUCUCGUCCAAGUGCAUGGUAAUCAGACGGUGCUGGCGACGGGAACAGCAGGCAGCGAUGGCGUCCUAAGGGUCAGCUUCAAGUACCACACCGGCUCCUGGGUCGUCAUCACGGCCUCCAAGCAGGACUACGUCACCAACUCUGUGCCGUGGCAGUCGGGUCGAGUCCCCUUGUACGCAGCCGUGAGUCUGUACCUGCUGGCCCAGAGACCAGGAACUCUCAUUCUCUACGAUGACGUACUGCAGGUGGUGGCCGGGUCUCCAGGUGGUCGGAACCAGCCAAUGGUGCAGCUCCAGAGAAAGUCCCUGCAGCUACCGCCUACCUCCAACUACACCGCCCUUUCGGCGGUGCUGACAACGGCCCGGAAUCAGUAUGAAAUUGGAGGGUUCCCAUUUCUGCUGGGCAAGGAGACCAACAGCUCAGGGGCGGAGACAGGCUGGACUGAUCUGACUGCACUGGCCGUGGCCAGUAUCCAGCUCUAUGACAGAGAUGGCAGCCCAGUCCAGGUCUCAGACUCAAUCCAUGUCUCGGUUCCGCUCCCGACGGACACCCGGAACCAUAUGGCGACGAGCGUUCCUGCCUGGCUCUAUCAGCCAAAAACUGGACUCUGGGUGAGAAAUGGCACUGGCUACAUUCAAAAAGAAGGAUCACAAUACGUUUGGAACAUCGUUGUUCCUCAGAUGGGAUACUGGUUAGCUGCUUUUCCAACCUCUUCAGGAUUCAGUCUCGGUCAUCCGGGUCUGAGGGACAUCACCACCUACCACACUCUAUUCCUGCUGUGUAUCUUGGGCUCGUUGGCGUUGCUGGUGCUGAUCCUUCUCUGCGUGCUCCUCUACUACUGCAGGCGAAAGUGCUUAAAACCUCGUCGUCAGCAGGGAAAACCUCACUCCACCACUCUAAACGGUGCCAAAAGGGACCAAGGCACAUCCAUGUCACGCCUCAAUCUGAUAUGUGGUGGUCACGCAGAGUCUGGCCCGUCGAAUGAAAAACCUGAUAUGUCUCCAACUCGGGAUUACCACAGCUCAAGAGAAGACCUGACCAAACAUGUCCCAGUUCACAUGCUGCGGCAUGGAAAGGGAAAAAAUGGCUCACAGCGUGGCGAGAGCUUCCCUAUGAAGGUGACAAGGGCAACAGAGACCAACAACUUGGACAACCCUUUGCUCCAUGAUGACUACAGUCGUAGCCACAACGCAAAUGACAAUCGUGCUUACGCCUCUGACCCACCGUCCCCUCCUCGCUUCCAAGGCUAUGUGCCAAGCCAGUCAGACAAACCUCCAGAGUAUUCAGCGGCGGCAGCUGACAGCCUCGCCAGACCCACCUCCUUGAACACCCAGCCCGGGCAAAUCAUCUUCUGCAGCUCCAUUGAUCAGAUGAAGGAGAACAUGUACCGCAGUAUGGUGCCAACUUUGGUCAUUCCUGCACACUACAUGCGCCUGCCUUCUGAGUUUGCAAAUAAUGAUGGAAAGGAUCAAAAAGACCAGGACAAAGAAGGAGGCCAGAUGGGUGGAAGCCAGCAACACCAUCACCACCACUCCCAAAAACAAGGUCAGCAGCAGCAGCAUCAACAAGGUGGCUUGCAAGGCGAUGACUCUGAGGAGCAGAGCUGGGUGUCUGACUCACCUGGUGGGCCUGUGACUAUCCCUGUGCUCUUCAAUGACUCCACUAUGGCGCAGAUGAAUGGAGAGCUGCAGGCUCUCACUGAGAAGAAGCUACUGGAGCUGGGAGUCAAGCAACAUCCCAGGGCCUGGUUCAUCUCACUAGAUGGACGUGCAAAUGCCCAUGUUCGCCACUCUUACAUUGAUGUGGCUAAUGACCUUAGUGGUGGCGGAGGAUUCGGAGUUGGAUUUGCCAGUGGCCAGAGCACCGCUCACCGAGAAAUCAACCUGGAGCCACCUCUGGAGGCUCAUGAGCGUAAAUCUGGAGUCAACAAGAAGGUAAAGGAUGAACGGUGGGGGACAGGGGGAAGAAAGACGCACGGCAUUGGAAACAGCGGCGGAAAAACAUAUUCCAAGUUGGCGUACCCAGACCACAGUGACCCAAGCAGCAGUGAGGGACGCCCUGUGUCCCCUGAAGAGAACUCCCUUACCCCUCUACUGGAUGAAGGUACGUCCUCACGGGGUUCAACCAUCCCCAGGAAAGGACGCAGCCGCGUGAACAGCAGCCGCAGCAGCAACAGUGAGAACCGCCGCGACUCCAUGACCAGUCCGGAAGAUGAUUCUGAAGACAAAGAUGAGAAUAAGAAGAGCCCAUGGCAGAAGAUUGAAGACCGGCCACUAAUGGUGUUCCACCCAAGAAAAUAGGAAUCCUUCACCGAGGACACUGAACCUUCCUAUUAAGGGACUAAGAAGUGGUGAACUCACACGAUAAGCACAAGCAUCCGUCACUGGUCCACCCCCAGUUGUGCUCCUGGUGCUUGUACACCACAAGUUCCCACUGUACGAAACACAGGAACCUUCCCGGUUUAUUGUGAGCCUUGUCAACACUGAAUCACCACCUGAGCCGUUUUCUGUCCUGGACAUAGCCAUGUGACUCUGCAAAUGGAAAGCACUUAUGAAAAGACUUGCUCCUUGGAAUAUGUUUGAAGGUUGUUUGAACAGAUCACUGUAAUGUGGACUUAACUUUCAUGUUUCUAUCCUCGGUUUUCCUCUUGAUAGUGUAAGAACAUGUACUGUGGACCAUUUUUACUCAAACUGCAUAGAAUCUAGGUUAAAUGUAGGAUUUCCUUCAACAGUCUUGUGAAGAUUGUGUGGCGAAAAACAUCUACAGUGGGUUGAAUAUGAUGUGCGCUUCCUUAUCUCAUUGGUCACAUGUCAACCGUGAAGCAUGUGGAUUUGGAACACAAGUAGUUCUGAUGAUAGACUCUCACCUUUAGCAGUGACAUUAAGUGUCAACAACACCAAUUGGUGUAGCAGUAAACACCUUCUUAAAUAUAUUCUGAAGGCAGGGCUAAUCAGUUAUGAAUGACAUUUCAAAAUAAGUUGUCAAACUGGACUGGUCUGAUGCCAACUGAGGUGACAAUCAAGCUGAACCAGCAUCUGACAUGUUUAGGUCAGCACUACUGCAGUGAGAGUUGACAUCCACAGUCUUCAAUUGGAUGUAGACCCAUUGACACCUGUAAGACGACUGUAGCUGUCUUGAGAGUUCAGCUUGGCCACUCUUAAAUACUGCUGCCAUUUCAUCGCGACACGGCACUGAAAUAGCUAACUACCGCUGUUAUUGAAGGAGUUGCAUGGUCUCCUGAUGUAGUGAAACACCAGCUAAAUCAGUCUGAGGGACAUUCACAUAGGUUUAUUGUGGUGGGAUUUUGGAGCAGCAAUCCAUGCACACUUCAGAGGCAUGAACAGCUCUUUAGCUUGCUGCACUACCACAACAAAAACUGGACUUAAUCCACGCCUCUUGUGCAGCAGGUAUGAACAAUCCUUAACAGUUCAAGGCUGCCUCUUCAAAUAGACGGCCCAAACCUGCUCAGUUCAGUCGUACAAACCAUCAAGAUGUCUUUCUGAAAAUCUUGAAUCCCUUCUAAGUACUUGUAAAAUGUUGCUCUCUCAUAAAUGGCCAGAUGUUCCUCCAUAUUCAUGCCAUUAUUUAGAUUGUUGUGGACUUUUCUCCAUGUGAUUUCUGCCAUGUAAAUAGAGUCCAUCAAGCCAGAUAGGUUGCGUGCAUGCUCGAAUGUAUGAAAGGAGACAGCGGAGGACCCCCACUUAAGUCUUUCAUGCUCCUUAUUUAAGGGUAAUUGCCAAGAAUUUUGGUUACAUGCCGGAAUUAAACACACUACUUGAAGCUAGCUGUACACUGAGAUAAACGGUGAUGAACUGGAAUGGGCCUAAACCACUUCUCUCCUACAAGUGCCUUCUUCACACAGGAUCUAGUGAUAGGCAUGGAUGCCCCAUGUAAAAGUGCAGCCAUCUUUAAUACAGCAUGACACCGACAAGCACACUUAGCUGUGGUACCACCGUGUCACUACUGCGAGCAUGUGGGCCAAAACUUCUCACCCCACCCCAACUGUUGAUACUUGUAUUUUCUCGCUCUCUUUUCACCAAACUUGUAUAUUGAACGUUAAACUAUAUGAGAUUUUAUGUGUGUGCGACGUGCAUGUAACGUGUAGAGUAGCCAACUACUUUAAAUGAUCAAGGAUGUUUUGGCAGAAUUGUCAGGUUGCGUUGCCAAAUUAUCAGACACUGAAUACAUAAAAUUCACUUCCGGUCGUAAAUGUUUACAAGAAAAUCAACUUGCUAUCUGCUGUAAGUCACGUUCCCCUGUAAACUAUCAUCUAGAAUGUUACUUCUCAACUGGUCCAAGCUGUAUGCAAUGCCAAAACUAUCUCAAGUUGUGUUCUCUUAAGGUCAUUUCGAUAGUGAUUGCACUACAACUGAAAAAAGACAGAUGUAUUGGCUCUCCAAACUGAAACACGCAGCUUGUAUUUCUUAAAAUCCUCUAAAACCAGCACAAAGAGAACAGGCACUCUUUUUU